CCGGAACGCCCACGGCAGGUUUUGCGCAUGCUCAUACAAAGCGCUCGCAAACUCUGCUUCCGGUAAGGAUUCUUCACGUGUUCCGGAGUCGCGAGACUGGGUUUUGAAUUUUUCAGAGAAGCUCCAGUUUGUAAUAGGUAUGAGUGAUUCCAGUGAAGAAUCAACAAAACCUGUGACAGAUGAUGAGCAUGUGGACAAAUCUGUGCUCUCUGGUACAGGAAUGCAUUUUCCUUGGCUUCAAAAUUACAUAGAAUCUGUGGCCAUUGGAGGGAAAAGGAAGAAGGAUUUUGCUCAGACAACGAGUGCCUGUUUAAGUUUAAUCCAAGAAGCUCUGCUGAAGCACCAAUGGCAGAAAGCUGCAGAAUACAUGCACAGUUAUUUUCAGACCUUGGAGGAUUCAGAUAGCCACAAAAGGCAAGCUGCACCUGAGAUUAUUUGGCGGCUUGGAAGUGAAAUUCUAUUUUAUCAUCCCAAAAGCAACGUGGAGGCUUUCAGUGCUUUUGCUGACCGGAUGAAAAAUAUUGGUGUCAUGAAUUAUUUAAAGAUUUCUUUACAACAUGCAUUAUAUCUUCUGCAUCAUGGAAUGCUUGAGGAUGCAAAGAGACAUCUGAGUGAGGCAGAGACAUGGAGAUAUGGUGAAAAGUCCUCUUCCCGGGAAAUAUUAAUUAACUUUAUUCAGGCCUAUAAAGGUCUUUUGCAGUAUUAUACUUGGUCAAAGAAAAAGGAGGAAUUUUCAAAACUUGAUAAGGAUGACUAUGCUUACAGCACAGCAGCCCAAAAUAUGCUCAGCCACACCUGGAAGACAUCUGUAAAUAUUAGUGGAUUGAUUAAAAUUCCUGGGGUUUGGGACCCUUUUGUGAAGAGUUAUGUAGAGAUGCUGGAAUUCUAUGGAGAUCAAGAUGGAGCCCGAGAAGUACUUACCAAUUACGCAUAUGAUGAAAAGUUUCCAUCAAAUCCAAAUGCCCAUAUCUACUUAUACAACUUCUUAAAGAAACAGAAGGCACCAAGAGCAAAACUGCUAAGUGUGCUUAAGAUUUUGUAUCAGAUUGUACCAUCUCAUAAAUUGAUGUUGGAAUUCCAUACAUUACUUAAAAAAUCAGAGAAAGAAGAACACCAUAAACUGGCAUUGCAGGUAUUAUUUGGAGUCUUAGAUUUUGCUGGAUGCACUAAGAAUAUAACUGCUUGGAAAUAUUUGGCAAAAUACCUGAGACAGACCUUAAUGGGAAACCACCCUGCAUGGGUGCAGGAAGAGUGGAACUCCAGGAAAAACUGGUGGCCAAGCUUUCACUUCAGCUACUUUUGGGCAAAAAGUGAUUGGAAGGAAGAUACAGCUUUGGCUUUUGAGAAAUCUUUUGUGGCUGGACUACUACUAGGAAAAGGUUGUAGGUAUUUUCGGUAUAUUUUAAAACAAGACCACCAAGUCUUAAUGAAGAAAAUCAAGCGGAUGAAGAAAUCAGUGAAAAAAUAUAGUAUUGUAAAUUCAGGAAUCUGAUAAUGAUAAAAUGUUAUUUUACGGUAGUAGCUACAGAGUAGUAGCUCAGUGGUUAUUGAAUGUAUUUAUGUAGUACUUUAAAGAGGUAGUUUAUACGACUAUAAAAAUUUUAUUUUUAUAUAUAAUUUUUUACUCUCAGUUAUAACCACAGAAACACUCUUGCUGCCUUUGCUCUUUGUAAAUAUGUAUAUUUUCUUUUUUAUAAUGUUAAUGUAACAUUUAUUAAGGGAUAGUUCUUCAAGUGAAAAAAUACAUGUUUAAUUAUAGAGAAUGGAGCUCUACAGAAGUUGCUAUUUGCAGAUAGUUUGCCUCUGACUACUUUGUAAUAAAACAUAACUUUUGGCACUGCGAAAUG